CUCGGUUUGUCGACAGCCUAGUCUCCACGCCCACUACAUCAAUUCCCCAACGUCCCCCCACACCGAAAGCCAUCGAUCGAGCAGUACGAGCCCCACGCCACCUCGUCGGCUCCGACGCCGUCCUCCCCCUCCGGUGGUCCGGGAGCGCGGGACCGGAUCUCCGGUGGGACGGUGUGGGUGUGGGAUGGACUUCGCGAAGAUGAAGCGGCGGGAGCUGCAGGCGCUCUGCGGGCAGCACGGCCUCGCCGCACGCGGCUCCAACGCCGACCUCGCCGCCAGCCUCGCGGGCGCGCUCUCGGGGGGUGCUUCUGCUGUGGAGAAGAUGGUUGAGGUGGUGGUGGGGAAAGGGUGCUUGAAGCAGCCGAGGGGCAGCAGUUCCGGUGCGGCCAAGAAGGUGACCUUUGUGUUGGAGGAAAAGGAGGAGGCUGGGGAGGCACUUCUUGCUUCAGCAGUAAGCGGAAGGGGCCGUGGGUGGAAGCGUGUUGAAAUUGGUGGUGAUUCUGCUGAUGAAGGUGUUGCUGGAGAGGUGUAUGCAGAUGCCCGAGUGACGUGGUCCAGGACAAACACGGUGAAUUUGCAUGCUGACAGUCACAAUAAUCUUGCUGAUGCUGAGGAAGACAGGGAGGUGGUAGGUGCAGCUGUUGAUAGGAAGCAGAAGCGGAAGACCCAGGAGAAUGCUAAGGGUAUUGCUGCCAAUGCUCAGGCUGGACUUUCUCAUAGAAACAUGAGGAAGUCAGGCUUGUCUGCAGCUGCUGACACUCAUAGAGUUGAAAGUCGGAAUAAUCCUGCUGAGGCUGAGGAAGAAGGGGAGGUGAUUGGAGAAGUUGGUCAUACGAAGCGGAAGCGGAAGAUAAUAGGGAAGCGCAAUGCCGGGGAGACACUUCCUGUUGCAGCAGUAAGUGGAAGGGGCAAUCGGCGUAAGCGCACUGAAGAACGUGGUGGUGAUUCUUCUGCUGAAGGUGCUGCUGGAGAGGUGGGUGCAGAUGCCCGAGUGACACGGUCCAAGAGGAAUGCGCUGAGUUUGAGUGCUGAUGGUGGAGUUGAAAGCCGGAAUAUUCCUGCUGAGGCUGAGGAAGAAGGGGAAGUGGUAAAAGAAGCUAUUGAUAGUAAGCGGAAGCGAAUGACCCGGGGGAAUGCUGAGGAUAUUUCUGCCGAUGCUCAUGCUGGAAUUUCUUGUACAAGCACGAGGUGUUCAAGCUUGUCUGCAGAUGCUGUUCUGUUGUGUCCUGUUGUUGAGAAGAAAAGAGAGAGGAAGAAGGCAGGAGAUUCUAAGGAUGAAUUGGGUGCUGAUGAGAAGGCUGCUGAAGCUCAAGGUUUGGCCACUGCAGCAUUACCUGUUAUUGUUGAAAGUAAGAGAAGUCGGAGGAAGGAAGAAGAUUGCGAGCCUGCUGUGCAGGAGUCGGCUAAGGUAGAAGUAUCUGGUAGGGUCACAAGAUCUUGCUCAGUAAAUGCUGCUGCAACGUUUCCCGUUGUCGUUGAGACCAAGAGGAAGUGGAAGACUGAAGAUGUGCACCUGGAUAGGUAGACGACUAC